UUUUGAGCUUUAGAUGCUCGGAUGGUUUCAGGAGCGCUUUCCAAGUGCGCAAAAACGUGCCUGCUGCCAUUCAACCGACUGAUGCCCCCCUCUCCCGUCUGAGUCGCAGUGAAUCAUGUCACGCCGGAAGCAGAAGCGACCCCAGCAUCUCGUUAACGCGGAUCCGGGGGGCCCACGGCUGCUAUCUCACGAUGAUCACCUGGGCAUGAAGUCACCAUCCACAUCUCUUGGCUCAGAAGUGACCUCAUCAGGGUCGUCCUCCUCAUCCCCCACCUCUCUCCAAGACUGCCAGCCGCCUCUGGCCCCUCGCCCAUCCCCUGGUGGGCUCCACGCGCCCUCCUUGCCCAGUGAGAGCUCGCCUCCUCCCCACUGGCCCAGCCACAUCGCCCCCUUCACUACAUCCCUCCCAAACACCCACUCUUCCCUCUCCCCAGACUUCCCUCAUCCCUCGUUGUCAUCCCAGACUCACUCACCUCCUCCCUUGGGUCAAACCUCAGGUUCCCACAGUCUGUCCCACCAAGGAAACUCUCACUCCACCAUGACCUCCCCACCAAUGGGCAGCUCAGCCACCACCACUACCUCCUCCUCCUCCUCCUCUUCCUCCUCCUCAUCUCAGUGUGUGCAGCCUCACCGCGACAGCUCCAGUCCAGGUCACCAACAAGCCUCCAGCUCUGCAGCACAGCAGGGGCAGAUCCAGGUGUCACCAACCCUGGCGGUUCUCCUAGAGGAGCUGAGAGUGUUACAGCAGAGGCAAAUCCACCAGAUGCAGAUAACAGAGGAGAUCUGUAGGCACGUUCUAAGGCUUGGAGGUGCCGUUUUUGGCCAAGAUAAUAACACACUGGCCAGUGGUGCAGACAGCAACCAGAAGUCCACAGGAGCAUCAUCUUCAUCACCAACACACCCCUCCACUGCCACGCCAGUAACCACUGCCUCAGCGCUUUUGACUGGCCUUCCAUCUUCCCUCUUCCCCCAGCCAUCCGUCUCCAAAUCAGGUGCUUCACAUGUCAAUGGCAGCAGAGCUCCAUCCUCCUCUACCUCUUCUUCAUUAUCCUCUUCAUCUAUUUCAUCCACAAUCAGCUCCUCUGUUGCCUCCCUUCACCCUCUGUCCUUGUCAUUAGGGCUACCGCCACGCUACCUCCACGAGAAAUCCUCCAACACCUCCACGUUUGGUCAUAGCAAUGGUAUCAGUUUCCCGACUCCUCCUCUUCCGACCACGAGUCAUUCCCAGGAUCACCAGCCCAGCUCCUCCCUGGGCUCUGCUUCGUCAUCAGGACGCCCUCAACAUGUGUGCCGUUUUUGUGGGAAGGUUUUAAGCAGCGACUCAUCACUCCAGAUCCAUCUGAGGUCGCACACAGGUGAAAGGCCCUACCAGUGUCCAGUCUGCUUGAGUCGUUUUACAACCAGAGGAAACCUCAAAGCCCACUUCCUGCGACACAGAGAGCAAAACCCAGAGCUGUCCCUCUCUCUGCUGCCACCAGCGCUGUCAGAGCAAACGCAGAGUGCUCCUGGUGCCAUCCAGAGAAGGAGAAAACGGCGGGCUGAUGACGACGAGCCAUUUAAUGGAGUGAAAGGAAGCAUUCCCGGGAUGGCAGACAACAUGGCUUUAGGAUUCCUGUCUGGUGCAUCUGCUCGCCCUUCGCCUUCCUCUCUACCUCUUCCCCCCUCAGUGGACAUGGCACUGCUGUCCACAGCCCAUUCACUGCUACAGCUGAACAGAGCCUCAGCUGCAGCGGCUGCCAGCGCAUCUAGCACCGGACUGACGUCUUCAUCUUCGUCCUCGUCUUCCUCUUCCUCCAUGAGCAGCCAGUUCAAAGGAGCAAAGCAGCAGCGGUUUGAUGAAAACACACCCCCUCACUCCACCCUACAUACAACCUCCCCAUACCCCCAACUGGCCCACCUCCCCAAGAUUCUCUUCCCUGGAGGUACCUCCCCUCAUCACCUUGCACUUCUCCGACCCCCAGGCCACCCAUCCGCCUCCCACCUCACUACGCCUCAUCAGCUCGCCUUCCCCUUUCCACCUUUCCCCAAACCAUCAACCUCCUCCCCGUCUUCAUCCUCUCCCACCACCUCUACCCAAACCUCCGACACCUCCAAGCUGCAGCGCCUGGUUCAGAAGCUUGAAAAGCAGCCACAAGGAGGUGCCUCUUCUUCCUCCACUUCCUCGCAAUCACCUGCUGAAGCAAAUGGGGACACACACGGACACGACUUGUCCACCACCUCCAGUGCCUAUCGCAGGGAAAUGUUGGCUGCUCUUGGCCUGAGCCCAAGUGCCAAUGCUGCUGGACUAGUGACCAGCCAGGGAGUCUCAGGUUCUGGCACCACAACCACCACGACUACUCCUUCUCUGCCGACCGCCCAGGCUGCUAAUCAGUGCGGAGUGUGUCUGCGUGUCCUCAGCUGUCCCAGAGCUCUGCGUUUGCAUCAGGCCACACAUCUGGGAGAGCGCCCAUUCCCUUGUAAGCUGUGUGGUCGUUCCUUUUCCACAAAGGGCAGCCUCAGGGCUCACCUGGCCACUCACCGUGCAAGACCGGCCAACACCCGUGCCUUGAAUUCUUGCCCAUUGUGCCCACGCAAGUUCACCAAUGCAUUGGUUCUUCAGCACCAUAUCCGCUUGCACCUUGGAGGGCAAAUACCACCUGAUGAAGAUAUGCCACCUGAAGAUGCUGCAGAAACAGAAAAUGCUGUCUUUGAUGAGAAUAACUCCCCAUCCAAAGCCCAGCAACUCCUUCCUCUGGCCUUAACAACAAGGGCCAAGUCCCCAACUGAUGCUCUCAACUCAGGGUCUAAGAAAUCCACAGCUGCUGACACCAAUUCUGUGAAGACGGAGGAAUCAGAGAGCUCAACACCCAGCGUUAGCCCACCCCUGACCCGUAAUCCUCCCUCAGUGGGAGCCGAGGACCCCCUGCGUCUGGGAGACAACACCCUAGCUGAUGGUAGCCCUAUGAACGGCACUAUGUACUCUGAAGAGGAGACCCACGCUGACCUGGGCAGCACCAGCCCUUUCAAAGCACCCUUAGCUAGUUCUCAUUCAGAUGGAGCACUGAAUGGAGAUGUAGAGGCAGAUGACACCCCUCUGUCUCUCUGCAUUUCAAAGCCUGGAGUAGAAAAUGACACAGGGGUUAAUAAUGAUGAAGCCUGCUCCUCAGACAAACCUACUACAAGCCCUGAUAUUAACUCCAAACCCCAAACUGCAAAUCCGUCACCUGCACUGACGCCACCUGCCAGCCCCAAAGCUACACCUAAAGCAGAAGAGGCCUGUGGCAGUGAACCAGAGGAGGCACAAGAGGAAGAUGCUGCCAAAAGUAAAGCCAAGAUUGAGACCACCAGAGAGCCUUUGCCAGUGUUGGAUCCAGAGCCGGAGAAGGAUGCUCCAAUGGAAGAGGGUUGCGGCGUGCAAGAAAAGCCCUCAGAGGAGCCAGAGCCUUCUGUCCCAGCACCAAACACCCAGCCUCCUCGCCCUGACAAACCCUACAGCUGCUCGCAGUGUGGAAAGGCAUACGCCAGCCGUAGCGGACUUAAGGGCCACAUGAAAACUCACCCUGGAGCAUCAACCAACACCCCCUCCAAGGCUCAAACCAAUGACACUGACAUUGCGGAGGAUAGCAGCUCAAACCCAGCCAAUAAGAACCCGGGACACCAGGAAGAAAAGCAAGGAUUGGCUAAAUCCCCCGAGGAAGGUGACAGCACAGAUCCUCUACCAAUCAGUGUUGUUGCUAGUGUGGCGGCUGAGCCCAUGGACACUACUGCGUAG